AUGCCGGGUGUAACAGAAAAAUGCCCUGCCUAUUCGGCUUUUUUUGGCUCUAUGGGUGCCACUGCAGCUGUUGUAUUUAGCGCAUUGGGUGCCGCUUAUGGUACAGCUAAAUCAGGUUGUGGUAUAUCAGCUAUGGCUGUUAUGAGACCAGAAUUUAUUAUGAAAAGUGUCAUUCCUGUGGUUAUGGCUGGUAUUAUUGCCAUUUAUGGUCUAGUCGUUGCUGUACUUAUUGCCAAUAACAUUGCUACUGACAACUACGGUCUUUACAAAGCAUUUCUUCAAUUGGGCGCUGGUUUAUCAGUUGGUUUAAGUGGUUUAGCAGCUGGUUUUGCUGUUGGUAUUGUUGGUGAUGCCGGUGUACGAGGAACUGCUCAACAACCACGAUUGUAUGUUGGCAUGAUUUUAAUUCUAAUUUUCGCUGAAGUACUUGGUCUUUAUGGUCUGAUCGUAGCACUUAUUAUGACGACGAAAAAUCAACCCGGUUGCGAUUAA